AGUUUCCCCCUCUUCCUCUCUGGCCAUGUGCCAAAGGCUCUGUUUCGGCCGUUUCACGGAAGUAAUUCUGGAAGCUCUGACGUGACCAAAUUAUAAUCGCCAUCUUGAGGAAGGAAACGCCUUGAAGAGGAAAGAAUUGAAAACAACUUUUUCAUUCUGACAAAGUUGAAUCCCUCAUCUUCACUAUGGGGAAUUUAUUUGCAAGUCUCUUUAAAGCAUUUGGCAAGAAAGAGAUGAGGAUCCUCAUGGUGGGUCUCGAUGCUGCUGGUAAAACAACUAUCCUGUACAAGUUAAAACUUGGAGAAAUUGUUACUACCAUACCAACUAUAGGUUUUAACGUCGAGACAGUUGAGUACAAGAACAUAAGUUUUACAGUGUGGGAUGUAGGCGGUCAAGACAAAAUUCGACCGUUGUGGCGUCAUUACUUCCAGAACACACAGGGUCUUAUCUUUGUUGUGGACAGCAAUGACAGAGAGCGUGUGAACGAAGCCCGUGAAGAACUGAUGAGAAUGUUGGCAGAGGAUGAACUACGAGAGGCAGUCUUAUUAGUAUUCGCUAACAAACAGGACCUCCCAAAUGCUAUGAAUGCGGCCGAAAUCACAGACAAGCUGGGACUGCACUCCCUCCGCCAUAGAAACUGGUACAUCCAGGCCACCUGUGCCACCAGCGGAGACGGUCUCUAUGAAGGACUGGAUUGGUUGUCUAAUCAGUUAAAAAACCAGAAAUAGGCCUAAUCAUCCGCUGUCCUCCUCAACUCACAUAUACCGUUUUCACACUAUCCUGCCGACCCAAACCGUACGUACAGUGGCUCGCUCGGAUGAUUUCCUUUCACAUUUUCCUUUCCAGCAAGGUUCUAGCAACUGUGGUAGAUGAGAACCAGGCCGAUGCAGUACAGCUCGGCUUAGUAGUGUGAAAAGGGUAACACUAUCUUCUCUCUUCCCUUGUUUGUACUCUUCUGAUGUUACAAAUUGAACUACUUUUGUCAAAACGUACCUACUGGAAAGCUGCCCUCAUUUCUCAUCUCUAGUUACAACAAUGCACCAUAUGGGCCAGGGGGGAUAAUAACCCAAUCUUGGAAAACUGUCAGGGUUUCUUAUUUAAUGUAAAUAGUCCAUUUCUGGGGGGGGGGGGGGGGGGGGGGGGGGUUGUUAUGAGGAAGCUUAUUGCACACUUACAAAAAUCAACCUUGGUUAUUUCCUCUUGGCCGUUGGGCAGACAUACUCGUGUGUAGUAAAUGGAAAAGGGAGGCACAUUUUUUUUUAUACCAGCUAUCAUGGGACCCCGUGUCUCAACCUAACAUUUAAUGACUGCGGGGGGGGGGGGUUCUGAAUAAUGCAUAUAUACAGAUGCACUACUUGAAACAAUUAUGGUUUAAUACCUCAAUGCUACAAUGUCCUGCUCUCCCAAAAUACCAUUUAUCAAAACACUGGCAUUAACUAGUUGUACUGUGAGAAUGUUCUUGAGGUGAAGCCUAAAACAGAGCUCUUGGGUUUCAAAGUCGAAAAGUCUUGUCAACACUUACCAGCUUUUUUUGUGUGCCAUAUCAUUUUGAGAAGUGGCUGCCAUGCAGUCUGUUCCUCUGAGUCUCAUCAUUCACCUGUUUUAUGAUGAACAGAGGUGCAGAGGUGUCUGUUCAGCAUUGUUUGUAUGACAGCGGCCUUUGUGGCAAUGAACCUGAAUUUAUCAUAUCAAAUAAAGUGCAGGAUGUGGUCCAUAUGUUGGUCUUGUUGGCGAGCAACACGUGCAUGUUAGAGAUUCACAGAUUCUGCACAAAUCAACAGAUCUUCACAAUGCCUAGAGAAGCAGAAUUCCUUCCUGCCUAUCCAUUUGCUAUAAUAAUCACAUAUCCUUUGCAGAAUCUAUCUCAAACGCACUUUGAUUGUCAACGGGACUAGCCAAUUGAUUGUUUACAUUUUUAGUCUGCACAAGCGUUCUGUCGUUACCCCUCCUGUCAACUGCAGGUGCUCAAGGGUUGGGAUGCCUUGAUUUCCUCAACAUCCUCAUCACAAUGACUUAGCGCCACAACAACCCUAUAACUUAAGGUGUAUGCUAUAUGAUGCACUGGUUUGACAAAAGUUAUAGGCCUACAUUCUGAUGUACUGCAUUAGCCUCCAUUAUGACCUCAAGAUGUUGUUUUCAUGCCUUUUUAUUGAAAAUGAUAAGUAUAUUAAUUGUUUUGGAAUGAGGCAUGUAUCAUGUGUCAGUAGCAAUAAGAAAUCUGUAUGAGCUCCACAUUUUUGAAAUUAGUGCUAGUAUCUUCUCUCCUUUGCAGCUGUCAAAGAAAUGUCAAAGAAACAUGCUGUUCCAUUACAAACCUUUGAGCUUCUUAUCAAAAGGUUUUGGGUGUUAUUCCACCAGCAGGGCUGGGAUUGAAUUGAAGGCAGUCAAUUCAGGAAGUGAAUUUGAAACUUGAUUGUAAUACACUUUCGAAAUGCUUCUACUCCACAUUUUAAGUCGUUGAAAAUAUAUGCGUUUUAUUUCAUUUUGCUUCCUGAAUUGACCCCAGCCCUGUCCACCAGAGUGCUAUGGAAAUGUCUUUGUGUUUCUUUUAAAGGCGUUGGAUUAAAACAACUUCUCUUGAUUUUAAACUGAUUGCUUGAACCUUUGUUGAAAACAUUGUUAAUCUCUUUACCAAAAUGUCUAAAGAGGUAUUUUUUUUUAAAUGUAAAGUUUGUUAAAUUUUUUUUAGAAAAGCACUGUAAUUAAAGCAAUUAGAUAAUGUU